CAACUUUAUGCGAAUCGCGGUUCGUUGGCAACCCUGCCCGAUUUGAUUGUGUUGGUGAAUGCCCGGUUCAAACGACUGCGCCUUUUUGCGAAAAAUACAAUUAAUUGCAAUUUAUGGCUUACCAGGAGAAGAUAACAGAAUUUAAGCACUGGGCCACUAGUCUGGGAUGCCCGCCCACUGCCCUGCCCUCCGAUGAUGCCCUCCGAAGAAUUUUUAAGUCUGGCUCUAGUUUACUUUUGGACCAACUGCAAUCCCGCAUCCAGCCGGUAGAAUGCGUGCGGGAGGUGCGGGAGAACCUGCUGAUUGCCCAAGUGGCUCGCUAUAAGGAUAAAAUGGUGCCGUUGGCUUCUAGGAGUUUCCAUCCACCGGAGCUCCAGAGGUACCAGAAAAUACAGGAUCUGAAGAAGCACAAGGAGAAGGCGAAUCAACAGCUGAUGGAGGCCCGGAAGGAGUUCCAAAAGCUAUCCGCCGUCAUCAAGACCAAGAACAUUCAAACCAUCAGUGCUGAGAACCGGAAGCAACUGCUUGAAUCCAAAUAUAAUAUCCUGGACCUGAAGCUAGAGUCACUGAAUAAGAACUACGACCAGGAGUUGAAGAACAAGGUCCAGAUCUUGGCCACCACACCCGUAAAGCUGAGUGCCAGAAAUGCCAGCGAGGCGCAGGCAACAAGGGCUGUGGAGCAGGCUCUCAAGCAGCUGGAGACCUUCUACAGAAUGGGUGACGAGGGCAAUGCGAUGAACAAUUUAGCAGAUGCCAAGCAGCACUUGUGGGAUGAGAUGCGGAGCACCUUUGCGGAUAUUCCCAACGCCCUGCUUCUGAACGUUGUAAUGAAGAUCAAAGAGGAGCAGCUGCAGUACAUCAUGAAGCUGAAUGAAUCCAAAGGCAAAUGCACAAAUGCAAAGCCACCGCUUAAUAACUACGAGGUCAAGUUACUAAAGACCAAGGCCGAUAUGAUUGGUCUGGUGGCCAAAUAUUUCGGGGCACAAAAGGAGCUGGAGCAGAAGGAGGAACGCUUUUGCCAGGACUACAGCGUCUUUGUGGACAAACUGCAAUCGAAGGUAUACAGUUUCAAUGGCAUUUGUUUGGGCGACGAAGAAAAUGCGGAUGAACUGAUCAGCGACUAUCUGGUGCAGUACAACAUGUGCAAUUUUAAUCGCUCCCAGAACGAAUUCCUUCGCGAGCAGAUUGAGCAACUGCGUCUGGAACUAGAAGCGAGUGCCAAGCAGUUAGAGAACCACGAUCUAAAGCUGGGCUCUGUGAAACAAGUAUACGGCGACAUUAAUUCCAGCAUCAACCGUAUCCAGCAGGAUAUGGUGCAGCUGUCGCAGAUCAAGGAGAAGAUCCUCUUUUCGCGAAAUAUGAUGAAGAACCUGCUGGACGAUAUGCAAGCGGCCACACAGAAACAAAACGCCAAGUCUCAGCUGAUGAGCACCAAGCUAAAAGUCAGCAAUAUGUCCAUGUUGGGAGCGGAGAGUUUCUGUCUGGCCAAUGAUAGCGUGUUCUCCAGCACCAAGGUGGAGUUCGAUGGCAACUGCAGCGCAAUAAACUCAACCAUGCGUCGCAGCUUUGACAACAAAACUCUAAUGCCGGGCGGAGUAGCCUCCACACUGAUGGCUGCAUCCGGAGCCACGGUACCAUCGCAUUUGCUGGAAUUCAAUACCUUUCUGGAAAUACCUCUGGAAAAAUUCAGCUGUACGCCGCGCACUUGCUCCUUCCUGCUGUCCGCCAAUCCACUCAUCGUCGAGGCCCAGGAGUUGGCCUCCACCGUUCAACUGGCACCAGGCUAUUUGCUAACACCCUUCGGCGCUCUGCAGGAAGUCCGAAAACGCAUUUUGUGGGCGUCAGCAAUUGCCGCACACACGUCUGACUUGAAAUUGAAUUUGCAGCCGUUAAUUGUUGAUCCGCACGAUUUGAGACUGAAGGCGAGUCGUCAGCACGAGGAAAUUGACCAAUUGCUGGACAACCUGAUGGCCAUUGGGGUGAAGACUCAGUUACAGCUGGAAAAGGCCGAGCGCAUCUACCAGUUCCUGUUAGAGAAUCCCUUGCGACGCUACGUUCCCCCUAGUAAGCGAUACAAUAGUGGCAGCUUUGCCGACUACGAAUCCGAGUUCAAUCUCUACUAUCGCAUGGCCACCAAUGAGAGUUCGAUUCGGGCGCCACCUAAUUAAGCGUGUUAUUUAUAUUGUGAAUACUUUAACCCAUUUAAAUUUUAAAUUACAUGAAUACCUUGUUA